GCCCCGCGGCGGAGGGCGGCGCUGCGCAGUGAGCAGGUCGUGUGCCCCUCGGAGCGCGCUCGGCGCCCCGAGCCCGUGCGGCCGCGGAUCGGGCCCUCCGGCGGGCGCCGUCGCCCAGGGCUCCUGGCACCGGCGGGCGCGCUCUUGGGCCAUGGGGGCGUCCCGGGGCGCCCCUCGGCGCCCGGGACCGUCCUUCCCAGGCGGUGGUGCUUCUGUGGCCUCUGCGCGAUGGAUCUGCUCGUCUCGAUGAAGAAGAAACGCCCCUAA